CCCGGAGGAGAUGAGCAGCGGGGCGACCUGGGGCCAGUCCCUGUCCCUGUCCUGUCUGCAGAGUUUGCUCCCCGUUAGCCCAGAGCGACUCUUGGGUCCGGUUUCUGUUUCUGUUUUUUAUCUGCAACUGUUUCCUCCAGGAUUCUAGCACAGGACGCAGCCCGCAGACGUGCAGCGCCCAGCGGGUGGACAUAAGAGGAUGAGGCGGCCGCUGCUCCUGCUGCUGGUCCUGUGGGGGGCCCGGGGCCAGCCGCCCCCGAAGCCCAACUUCGUCCUGAUCGUGGCCGACGACCUGGGCAUCGGCGACCCUGGCUGCUAUGGCAACGAGACCCUCAGGACCCCCAACAUCGACCGGCUGGCCAGCGAGGGCGUGAAGCUCACCCAGCACCUGGCGGCCGCCCCGCUCUGCACCCCCAGCCGGGCGGCCUUCAUGACCGGCCGGUACCCCGUCCGCUCAGGAAUGGCGUCUCCGACACGGGUUGGCGUGUUCCUCUUCUCGGCCUCCUCGGGAGGGCUGCCCAGCACCGAGGUCACCUUCGCCAGGCUCCUGAAGGACCAGGGCUACGCCACGGCUCUGAUCGGGAAGUGGCACCUGGGCACGCACUGCCACAACACCUCCGACUUCUGCCACCACCCAUCCAGCCACGGGUUCGACUACUUCCACGGGCUCCCCGUGACCAACCUGCGGGACUGCAAGCCGGGGGCGGGCAGCGUGUUCACACAGGCCAUCCGGCUGCUGGCGCUGGCCCCGCUGCAGGUGCUGGCGGUGGCGCUGGCGACGCUGGCCGCCCUGCGCUGGCUGGGGCUGCUGCAGGUGCCUCUCGCCGUGUUCCUGGCCCUAGCGCUCGCUGCCGCCGCCCUGCUGGCUGGCCUGCUCUGCUUCCUGCACUUCUUCCGGCCCCUCAACUGCUUCCUGAUGCGGGACCGGGCGGUCAGCCAGCAGCCGCUGUCCUAUGACAACCUCACCCAGCGGCUGGCAGCUGAUGCCACCAGCUUCGUUCGACGGAACGCCGAGAGACCCUUCCUGCUCGUCUUCUCCUCCAUCCAGGUGCACACGGCCCUGUACGCCUCCCAGGACUUUGCCGGGAAGAGCAAGCAUGGUGCCUACGGGGAUGCGGCUGAGGAGAUGGACUGGGGUGUGGGUCAGAUCCUGGACGUGCUGGAUGAGCUUCAGCUGGCCAACCGCACCCUCGUCUACUUCACCUCGGACCAGGGCGCCCACGUGGAGGAGGUCACGGCCAAGGGCGAGCGCCACGGCGGCAGCAACGGCAUCUUCAAAGGGGGUAAGGGCAACAACUGGGAAGGUGGCAUCCGGGUGCCGGGGCUGCUGAGGUGGCCGGGCGUGCUGCCUGCCGGGCGGGAGAUCGGCGAGCCGACCAGCAACAUGGACCUGUUCCCCACCGUGGUCAAGCUGGCCGGCGCCCAGCUGCCCCAGGACAGGAUCAUCGACGGGCGCGACCUGAUGCCCCUCCUGCGAGGCCAGACCCAGCGCUCGGAGCACGAGUUCCUGUUCCACUACUGCAACCUCUACCUCAACGCCAUCCGCUGGCACCCGCCCAACAGCACCUCGGUGUGGAAGGCCUUCCUCUUCACGCCCAAGUUCGAGCCGCCCGGCGCCAACGGCUGCUUCCCCACCCACGUCUGCUUCUGCCACGGCCACUUCGUGACGCGCCACCAGCCGCCCCUGCUGUUCGACGUGGCCCGGGACCCGCGGGAGCGGCGGCCGCUGGGCCCCGGGUCCGAGCCGCGCUUCUGGGAGAUCCUGGGGGCCAUGCAGGGGGCGGCCGCGCGCCACGCCCCGGCCGCCGGCCAGCCGCCCAGCCAGCUGGCCCCGGGCCACGUGCUCUGGAAGCCGUGGCUGCAGAUGUGCUGCCCGGGGGCGCCCCGCCUGGCCUGCCGCUGCCCCCGGGGGUAGCCCCCCCCCGGGGCCCCCGAGUCGCCCCGCCGCUCGCACCCGGCCCCGGGCCACGUGGCUCCGUGGCCCUGACACGCAGGCCGGGGGGCGCUGUCUGCACAAAGGGGGGACCUGG